GUAAAAAGGGAAUUAUUCUUAUAUGUGGACUGGGGGAAAAGAAAGGGAAGUGAGUCAGUAGAAAAUGACAAUGACCUUAAAAAGAAGGGGGGAAUAAUAAAUUUAAAUAUUGUAAAAGAGUAGUUGAGUAGACUGCAUUUCUUUUAUUCUUCUCUUUUCAUCUAUCUAUCUUCUUACUACAUCUAUCUAGCUUCUUAAAUUAGCUCCAGUGGUAUUUGUUGUCUAACAAUUCAAUCAUUACUAAAAGUGAAGGAAGGCUAUAUAAUGAUGAUAAAAAUCAAGCCUUUGUUCCUUGAAUCUUCUGUAACUGCUUUCUCUUGGAGGAGAUGGAGAUGCCCAAGAGGCAAAUACAAGUUCCCUGACACUCCUUUCAAAUAUUGAAAGUUUUAUUUGACAAAGAAAAUACAUUUAUCUAAACAUCUGCUUUGCUAUUGAAUGAGCGUUUACUGAUUUGUUCCAUAACUUACACCAUUAUAAUUGAUUAAAAAAAAACAAAAUAAACAAAGCAAAAUUCUUCCAGGAGUUUAAGAUUCAACAGAAAAAGGAAUGUGUCUUUACAAUGACUUCUCUCUUUCAGCUAGAGACAAAGUACAUAUUGGGCAUCCAGCAGCAAAUGUUUGUUGAAAUUUGAUAAUAUAUUCUGGGAACAACAAUUAUUACUGUGACUAUUAUUGUCAUUAUUUUCACCCUAUUUGAAAACUGUAGAAGUUACUUAUUUUAAUUUCAUAUACUAACUUCAGUUUCUGAGGGGAAUCAUUUGAGGCUGUCAGGAUAUAAACAUAUAAAGAUAUCUUUACAAUUUUCUAGAGUAAGGGACCAUAUUUCUUUAGCCUCCACCACAAAAUAAGAUUACUCUCUACAUUUUGGGAAAUGAGGGUGGACAUGGGUGUGGAAGUAAGGCCCUAGAGAUGGAGAAUUUGUUUCAGUAAAACAACCAUACAAUGAAACUAUUACACACUUGCUAGGAUUAGCUGCCCAUUAUGUAGAUUGAACAAAGGGAGAAUAAAAAAUUCUGCCUUCUGAAUGUCAUCAAGUGUCCAGUUAAGUUGAAAGUGCUGUAACUCUUCUGGGAUCUGAUCCAAAAGUCAAGAGAGAACCAUUAGAAGGUUUUGGGGGGAGGAGGUUGGGAAAGGUGUGUGUUGUGUCUAUGUCUGACUGUGAUGUGCGCCCAGGAAGAGGUAACCUUUUUUAGCAGAUGCACCUCUGGCAGUCUGCAUGACUGGUGGGCGUGUGAGGGGGGAGCAGCAGCAGAAUGCCAUCUGCCACAACGGAGCCGCGGGGGCACCUGAUUUAUGCACACAGAAGAGAGCACACCUGAUUUAGGAAAGGGGCCACUUUGGCACACAGAAGAGCGCAGCGGGAAGGCAGCUUAUUUGGAGCCGAAGCGGAGGGGAGGGGGAAGGAUGGCUGCCUGGGCAGAAGGUAUUCCCACUUUCCAGGCUGGGGUCAGCGGCCAGCAGUCCGCGUGCCCUGGCGCCUGGAUGUGUAUGUAUGGGGGGCGGGGGAAAGGGGAUCGGAGAAGAGAGACUGCUUCAGCCUCAAUGUCUGCUAGGGCGCCCGGGAGGGAGCUGGAUGCGAAUUUGCUGGAUGCGAGCAGCAGGCGGCAGCCUUGGCCUUGCCUUGAAGAGGCCUGCGGAGCCGGGUGAUGUCAGUAGUGGUUGGGCUGGCAGCAGUCUGUACUUCCUGUAUAAAGGAAGGCUCGUCUGCAAACACCACUAGCCAGUCCCAGCUUCUUUUGACGGAGCAGUCGCCGCCACCAAAGAAGCAGCAGCAGCAGCAGCAGGAUUGUCAAAUUCGGGAGCCAGCUGUCCCCCACUCCCUGGCUAAUCCCUUCCUCUUCCCGGGAUCCUGGCUUGACAUCUCCGGACCCAGGAGCUGCAUGAGUGUGCGUGCAAAACAGCGGAAGAAUGGCAGUCCUCAAACUCACCGACCAGCCCCCACUGGUCCAAGCAAUUUUCAGUGGUGAUCCAGAAGAGAUACGAAUGUUGAUCUACAAAACGGAAGAUGUGAAUGCUCUGGAUACUGAGAAGCGGACCCCACUUCAUGUUGCAGCUUUUCUGGGAGAUGCAGAGAUCAUUGAACUCCUAAUUCUUUCAGGGGCUCGUGUAAAUGCCAAGGACAAUAUGUGGCUGACCCCACUCCACCGUGCUGUUGCCUCUCGGAGUGAAGAAGCUGUUCAAGUAUUGAUUAAGCACUCAGCUGAUGUCAAUGCUCGGGACAAGAACUGGCAGACUCCUCUCCAUGUAGCUGCUGCAAAUAAGGCUGUUAAGUGUGCAGAAGUCAUCAUCCCACUGCUAAACAGUGUCAAUGUCUCUGACAGAGGAGGGCGGACAGCCUUACACCAUGCAGCUCUGAAUGGUCAUGUGGAGAUGGUCAAUUUGCUCUUGGCUAAAGGAGCAAACAUCAAUGCAUUUGACAAGAAGGAUAGGAGAGCUCUUCACUGGGCAGCAUAUAUGGGCCACCUAGAAGUGGUAGCACUGCUUAUUAACCAUGGUGCAGAAGUCACCUGCAAGGACAAGAAAGGUUACACCCCACUGCAUGCUGCAGCCUCCAAUGGACAAGUAAAUGUGGUUAAACACCUCCUCAAUCUAGGGGUGGAGAUUGAUGAAAUCAAUGUCUAUGGAAACACAGCACUUCACAUCGCCUGUUAUAAUGGACAAGACGCUGUAGUCAAUGAACUGAUUGAUUAUGGUGCCAAUGUGAACCAGCCUAAUACCAGCGGAUUCACCCCUCUGCACUUUGCUGCUGCUUCUACUCACGGUGCUCUCUGCCUUGAACUGUUAGUGAACAAUGGGGCAGAUGUGAAUGUCCAGAGUAAGGAUGGAAAGAGUCCACUGCACAUGACAGCUGUCCAUGGAAGGUUCACACGAUCACAAACACUCAUUCAAAAUGGAGGUGAAAUUGAUUGUGUGGAUAAGGAUGGCAACACCCCUCUCCAUGUGGCUGCAAGAUAUGGUCAUGAGCUUUUGAUUAACACCUUAAUAACCAGCGGAGCUGACACAGCCAAAUGCGGUAUCCACAGUAUGUUCCCCUUACAUUUAGCAGCACUGAAUGCUCACUCUGACUGCUGCAGAAAGUUGUUGUCUUCAGGACAAAAGUAUAGCAUAGUGUCCUUGUUUAGUAAUGAGCACGUGCUGUCUGCAGGCUUUGAAAUAGACACACCAGAUAAAUUUGGAAGAACCUGCCUUCAUGCUGCUGCCGCAGGAGGUAAUGUGGAAUGUAUAAAACUCUUGCAGAGCAGUGGAGCAGAUUUCAGUAAGAAGGAUAAAUGUGGGAGGACGCCUUUGCACUAUGCAGCUGCAAAUUGUCAUUUCCACUGUAUUGAGACAUUAGUGAACACCGGGGCCAACAUUAACGAGACAGAUGACUGGGGACGAACACCUUUACACUAUGCUGCAGCUUCAGACAUGGAUAGAAAAAGAAAGAACAUUUUGGGAAACACCCAUGAAAAUGCAGAAGAACUUGAAAGAGCCAGUGAGCUAAAGGAAAAGGAAGCUGCCUCAUGCCUGGAAUUUCUACUUCAAAAUGAUGCAAACCCAUCAAUUCGGGACAAGGAAGGUUACAACACUGUACAUUAUGCUGCAGCCUAUGGCCACCGGCAAUGUUUGGAAUUGAUUGGAAGCAAAAUUCCACUGGAUAUACUUUUGGAAAGAACCAACAACAGUUUUGAGGAAUCAGACUCCAGUGCCACGAAGAGCCCACUGCACUUAGCUGCCUACAACGGCCAUCAUCAAGCCUUGGAAGUACUUCUGCAAUCCCUUGUAGACCUGGAUAUCAGGGAUGAAAAAGGCCGAACAGCUCUGGAUCUAGCAGCCUUUAAAGGACACGCAGAAUGUGUGGAGGCGCUCAUCAAUCAAGGAGCAUCCAUCUUUGUGAAAGACAAUGUUACCAAAAGGACCCCACUUCAUGCCUCUGUCAUUAAUGGUCACACACUGUGUUUACGACUGUUACUAGAAAUUGCAGACAACCCAGAAAUUGUCGAUGUGACAGAUGCCAAAGGACAAACCCCACUGAUGCUGGCUGUUGCCUAUGGACAUAUUGAUGCUGUUUCUUUGUUACUUGAAAAAGAAGCAAAUGUAGAUGCUGUUGACCUCAUGGGAUGCACAGCUUUACACAGAGGGAUCAUGACCGGACAUGAGGAAUGUGUCCAAAUGCUUCUGGAACAGGAAGUCUCCAUUCUGUGUAGGGAUUUCCGAGGAAGGACCCCCCUGCACUUUGCGGCAGCUCGUGGCCACGCCACUUGGCUGAGUGAGUUAUUGCAGAUGGCACUUUCAGAGGAAGACUGCUGUUUCAAAGAUAACCAAGGUUACACUCCAUUGCACUGGGCUUGUUACAAUGGUAAUGAAAACUGUAUAGAGGUACUUUUGGAACAAAAAUGUUUUCGCAAAUUCAAUGGUAAUCCCUUCACCCCCUUGCACUGUGCUGUAAUUAAUGACCACGAAAAUUGUGCAUCACUGCUUAUUGGGGCCAUAGAUCCCAGCAUUGUCCAUUGUAAAGAUGACAAAGGGCGAACCCCACUUCAUGCUGCAGCUUUUGCUGAUCACGUGGAAUGCUUACAGCUUCUUUUAAGCCACAAUGCACAAGUGAAUGCUGCAGAUAAUUCAGGGAAAACACCACUCAUGAUGGCAGCUGAGAAUGGACAAGCAGGUGCUGUGGAUCUUUUGGUGAACAGUGCCAAGGCUGAUCUGACUAUAAAGGAUAAGGACUUGAACACACCCUUACAUUUGGCUUGUAGUAAAGGUCAUGAAAAAUGUGCCUUGUUAAUACUUGACAAGAUACAAGAACAGAGCCUUAUUAAUGCAACAAAUAAGACAUUGCAGACACCUCUCCAUAUUGCUGCAAGGAAUGGCUUGAAGAUGGUGGUUGAAGAGCUGCUAGCCAAGGGAGCAUGUGUCCUUGCUGUAGAUGAAAACGGUCAUACCCCAGCCCUGGCUUGCGCUCCUAACAAGGACGUGGCUGACUGCCUGGCACUCAUUUUGGCUACCAUGAUGCCUUUUUCUCCUUCCAGUACAAUGACGGCUUUCAACUUCGUUUGUUUUAAAAAAGACCAUUUGAGCAGGACACAGAUCUGCGAUGGCACCAAUCUGAGUGGCACCGUUAGCUCUUGUACUCACAAUAUAGGAUCAGAGGACGGGUACAAUGAAAAUGAUUCUGAUUCGGAAACAUUCUGACUCUGGACUUCAGAAGCUUCCACUUAAUUACUUCCAUUAGGUGGAGAAGGCGGGCAGGAAGAAUUUUUAUUCCCCAAAUUAUGUUGUAUCAGAGUGUCACACCCAAGCUUUGAGAAAAAGGGAGAGAAGGAUUUAGUAAAGUGUGCAAUGAGCUUCUAGGAGAGGAUAUGGAGUUUUUGGUGGAAAAUAUUCUCACAAAAUGUGCCCUGAUUUUUAUUUACAUCAUAUUUUCUUCCUAUUUAAAGUACUACUGUGAAAGUCUACCUCUCAUCUUAAGUAGGGAUUUUUUUUAAAAGGCAUUUUAUUAUUUCUUCUUUUGAAAUAAUGCAACAGAGUAAGGGGCUAUUAUAUCAAGGAUAUUUUUUUUUAUUAUGUCCUUGCUAUACAAUUAAUUCUCAGAAGCUUAUCAAUAUGGCUUUCUUGUACCACAGGGGAGUUUGUCCUCAAAUUUCUCCUCACUCUGAUGUUUACUUCCUCAUUACAAGCCAAAGGUAAAGUUCACCUUCAGAGAUAUUGCCUGGAUUAUUGUUGCUAGGAGAGUUUAACUAUUCACAUGUAUUCUCUUUGCCUCUCUAUCUUUGUUGGUCUGUCCCUGUCUCUCUGUUUUUCUUUCCUUUCUCUGCCUAUUCAUAUACAAAAAUACAUACAUUCAUACAUAUAUAUCAACACACAUUAAACACACAUGUCUAGAAGGCAUGUGCCAAGAAUCUUUGCCUAAUAGAUGAAUAAUGAUCUAAAAUUUGAUCCCAUUUUUAAAGUAUAAUGCAUGUAUGACAUAUACUAGAUUAUGUAAUGGAUAAUUAAUAAUUUUCAUCUGAUCCAUUCAACUGAUCUACCAUAGAAAAUUUUAGUACAUAAUUACAUGGUUCAUAAACUUUGUAAUUGUAUGCCAGUUUCAAAUGCAAUGGAAUUUUUUUCCAUUGAUUCUUCCUCAACUAAAUCAAAAUACUUUCUUUAAAAAAAUUAACUACCAGGUUGUUAAAAAUACACUAUAUUAAAAAGUUAAAUUGUCUCUUUGCUUAAGAGUAAUACAAAGCAAGAAACAGUGUAAGUCCCAAAGUGAACAUAGGCAUAAAAUGGGAAGUAGUAACAUGAGACUUGGAAAGAAAUGCCAUUUGGCAUCUACUUGAUAAAGUGGGAUCAACAUUGUGAAUACUGUAUCUGCUCCUUCUGCCAAAGCUUCUAGGUCAAAUGGACCCCGUUCCUCACCUGGGACAGAUGUGCAAAAAGAAGAAUGAGCCUUUGAAAAAAUAUAUAUAUACAUGUAUAUUUUUCACAUAUAAUAUAUGUGUGUAUAUAUCAUCAACCAACUAUACAUGAGGACCAAAAUGCUUCAGUGUCUAAAAUGGAAGAUAAUUUUUUUUCCUUCAAAAUGGAAGUGAGAAUGAUGUAGCUUUUCUAAAAAGUUAAAAUGUAAACUUUUUGACUCUUGGUUGUAUUUUACAUUUCUUAUGACACAGAUUUAUAGUUGAUGGUUUAACAUUUGUAACCAAUGUGUUGACCACAAUUUUAUUUUUUUGCCAAAUCAGAGAAAAUGUUCAUAUAUACUUUUGAUGUAAAUGUGUUUGUAUUUAUUUGAAAUGAAGCAAAAGCCCAGGAAUUUUCUCCAUACUUAUGUUUUAAUUGUUAUGUGUCUUAUCUGGUCUAACAAAGAAAAAAAAAUAGCAGGGGGAAAAACAAACAAACAAAUAAACAGUUGACUCUGGGCUAGUCAGAAUGCCUGGGGUCCCUAUCCCCAGAAUAUCCAUUGUUAAGGUUUACAGGCUAACCUCAGGUUCUUCCAUAUCUAUUAGGGGAUACAGAAUGCAGAGUCAUUCCAUUGCUCACAUCCCCUCCCACUGUAGCUUGCAGGGCAUUGUAUCUCUCAAUAAGGAAGGCCAAACUCCAGGUGAGUAUACUCUAGACUCAGUUCUUGAAAGAUGAGAAUAAAAAUGGAUGGUCAUACGUGAUCCAGAAGUGAAAGAUUUAAAAGUGAUCCUACUAACCACAAGAUUACACAUAGUCCCAAUAAAAAGAUCCUAGUAGGAAAACUAUGACAUAAAUUGCAAUGAGAGAAGUUAAAAUCACCAGUCUACGUGCUUAGUUUUCCACUUGAGCCAAGAAAAAAGAAAGAAAUAUGCCUCUGAUAUUUCUUUCUUUGUCUAGUUUAGCCCUAGAAAUUUCUAUUUUAUAAUAAUCAUGAACAUUUUUUAAAAACAGUGUUCUAUGAGAUCUAAGUAAACUAUAGAUAUUAUAUUGUGUUUUCAAUAACUGUAAAAUACCUUAAUGUUUUAGCAUCUUGGAGGAGUUAAAAAAAAAAUUGGAACUCACUUUACUCAUCAUGAAUGAGAACUUGUUCCAAGGAUUUGUAGAAUUGGUAUUAAUUUCAUUGAAAAAGUUCAAUGACAUUUUUUUCUAGAACUCUGAGGAAAAGGGAGUAUUUUCUCCUUUUUCCUCCUUAACGUUAGUACUGUAUUCCCUUUUUUGAGAAGAAUGAUUUAAAAAAAAUGUUGCUUACUAGCAAUAACUACCUUAUCUUUAUUAAAGCACUGAAAAUAAGGUGAAACCAGCUUUGAAGGAGAGCUGUAUACUGUGGUGUCUUUUUCCUAGAAGUGACUGGAAAUCUCUUUAAUGGUAUUUGGAAUGAAAUGGAGUAGCCUUUUAAACAGAAAUAAAAUGUCUUCUUUUAGAUGACUAGUGUUGAAUUUCUCUGUAGAAGAGCAAAGAGGACAGGUGAUAUUGCAGCAAACCACAGUGAUUCAAUCUAAUCUCAGUGGAAUUGUAUUUUACCUUUCUAUUCUAUUAAAUUGUGGGGAGGAUAAAGGAACAAAAUUGAAAUAUGCUUACCAGGAACUGACCAUUAAAUUUAUUUUUUCCUUUUCUUGAAUUGUUUUUGAUGACUACAAAAUUUGUUUUUAUUUAGGACAUAAGUAAAAAUUGCAUUUAAUUUUUGUAACUUCUAUGUCUACUGUCAGAAAGAAAAUCAUAUUUUGAACAAGGAUCACUAAGAAAAAACAGUUUUUUAAAAUAAAUUUUCAGAUUCCUACAUUAUGGUAUUUAUUGCUCCUACUUAAAACACUUUUUUAAGAUUGUAUUUUAACCAGAGACACAGAGAUUUUUUUGCAUUGCACAUAACUCUUCUUGUUCACCAGUGUCUGCCUAUCUUUGAUAAUAUGUUUCUAUCUAUCUCCAAAUUGCCUAAAAUCUGUUCUGAUUCUACAGUAAAUAGCUCAGGGGAUUUCUAUUUAUCACUACUAAAAGGGCACCAUAGUAUGUUUGGUACUUUAUGCAGUAAACAACUGCUUGAAUUGUUAUUUUAUUAUUAAAUUAGAGCAAGAACAUCAAAUGAAUUGCUGCAGUAGUUAUUCUUUGUACUGUUGAGAAACUUGGUUAGCUCUCUGUUGGUUUGGUUUCAGAACUUGCGUCUUUUUUGGUCUUGUAAUAUGAAGUUAGAGUGCCUUUUUAUAUUCGUGUAUUCUGAAAAUGUUUUGUGAAAUUUAUUGUAUUUUUUUCCAUUUGAGUGUUAUCAAAGCAAUAUAAUACCAGUCAGUUUUUAUUUCAAACUUUCUUUGAAUGUAUAAAGUCAUUUUCCCCAUUCCCUUUCACUUGCUUUGAAUUUAAAAUGAAUAUGCUAAAUUUCCAUAGAACUGAUGUAUGAUUUUUUUUUUGCAGUGAAUAAAAAAUGCUUUCUUCUUACAGAAACUGUAAACCAUAGAUCAGUGUUAGAGGGAGAAAGCAUUUUAAAAUAGUGACAAUCUGAGCGGUGUGUAUAAAAUGUAAUUCUAUGCGUUUCUUAUGCAGUGAUCUAAAUAUUCAAAGCCAAUAUCUUAUGUUUGGUAGUUUUGUCAACAUAUUUUAUGCUUUAGCAUGUGCAAUAUAUCUUUAAAAAGCACGAUGACACAAAUCUGGUGCCAGUGUUAUAUUUUGCAUAACAUAUUUGUAAUGGCAGAAAUUAUUGGUUGAUGGUUUCAGUGGGAUUUUGUCUGUAAUGUUUUAUUAUGUAAAUUGGAGUUGAAUGACUUCAGUAAAUGUUAUAACUGUAAAAAUGAGGAAAAAAACUUAAUGCAUUGAAUGACUGAUCCAACCUGAAUCUUCUCAAGCACAGUUUAAUAUCUUUUUCAACUACUGAAUGCUUUAUUAAUGUAAUGAAAUACGUAACUGUAAACUAUUGAAAUGCAUUCAGAUGGUUAUUUUUACAAAUAAAAACGGUACAAAUAUUGUGA